AGCCCAGCACUCUGCAGCCUAGCGCACACUGGAGCGCGGCGCGGAGGCGGUGCGGGAGCGUGGGCGCUCAGACGACCGGCAGCAGCGCUCGGGACAUCCUCGGCAGAGCAGCGGCGGCUGGAGCCCCGCAACCUUGGGCUGGGUCCGCGUCCCAGAGCACCUCCGAGGAGCUAGGACGACUGGAGGCGGAGUGGCGCCUGGCGAGGUAGCGCCCGGCGAGUGGAAGACCAUGGCCAAAAUGGAGGUGAAGACGUCACUUCUGGACAAUAUGAUUGGAGUUGGAGAUAUGGUUCUUCUAGAACCUCUCAAUGAGGAGACCUUCAUCAACAACCUCAAGAAGCGUUUUGAUCAUAAUGAAAUAUAUACAUAUAUUGGAAGUGUGGUUAUAUCUGUUAACCCCUACCGAUCCUUGCCCAUUUAUUCUCCAGAGAAAGUGGAAGAUUACAGAAAUAGAAAUUUUUAUGAACUGAGCCCACACAUCUUCGCUCUGUCAGAUGAAGCAUACAGAUCCCUCCGAGAUCAAGAUAAAGAUCAAUGUAUUCUCAUUACAGGGGAAAGUGGAGCAGGAAAAACAGAGGCCAGCAAGCUUGUCAUGUCCUAUGUGGCCGCUGUUUGUGGAAAAGGAGCAGAAGUUAAUCAAGUCAAAGAGCAACUUUUACAGUCCAACCCUGUCCUGGAAGCUUUUGGAAAUGCCAAAACUGUAAGGAAUGACAACUCCUCUAGAUUUGGCAAAUAUAUGGAUAUUGAAUUUGACUUUAAGGGUGAUCCACUGGGAGGAGUGAUAAGUAACUAUCUUUUAGAGAAAUCUCGUGUCGUUAAGCAGCCAAGAGGUGAAAGAAACUUCCAUGUGUUCUAUCAGCUGCUCUCUGGUGCCUCUGAAGAGCUCCUUCAUAAACUUAAGCUUGAGCGAGAUUUCAGCAGAUACAACUACCUGAGUCUGGACUCUGCCAAAGUUAAUGGAGUGGAUGAUGCAGCCAAUUUCAGAACUGUUAGGAAUGCCAUGCAGAUUGUGGGUUUUAUGGAUCAUGAAGCCGAGUCUGUCUUGGAAGUGGUGGCAGCAGUGUUGAAACUAGGGAACAUCGAGUUCAAGCCUGAAUCACGAGUAAAUGGUUUAGAUGAGAGCAAAAUCAAAGAUAAAAAUGAGUUAAAAGAAAUUUGCGAGUUGACUGGUAUUGAUCAGUCUGUUCUGGAACGAGCAUUCAGUUUCCGAACAGUUGAAGCCAAGCAGGAGAAAGUUUCAACCACACUGAAUGUGGCUCAGGCUUAUUAUGCCCGAGAUGCACUGGCUAAAAACCUCUACAGCAGAUUGUUUUCAUGGUUGGUAAAUCGAAUCAACGAAAGCAUUAAGGCACAAACAAAAGUGAGAAAGAAGGUCAUGGGGGUUUUGGACAUUUAUGGCUUUGAAAUUUUUGAGGACAACAGUUUUGAGCAAUUCAUUAUUAAUUAUUGUAAUGAAAAGCUACAGCAAAUCUUCAUUGAGCUUACUCUUAAAGAAGAGCAGGAGGAAUACAUACGGGAGGACAUAGAAUGGACUCACAUUGACUACUUCAAUAAUGCUAUCAUUUGUGACCUAAUAGAAAAUAACACAAAUGGAAUCCUGGCCAUGCUGGAUGAAGAGUGCCUGAGGCCCGGCACGGUCACUGAUGAGACCUUCUUAGAAAAGCUGAACCAAGUGUGUGCUACCCAUCAGCACUUUGAGAGCAGGAUGAGCAAGUGCUCCCGGUUCCUCAAUGACACAUCUCUACCGCACAGCUGCUUCAGAAUCCAGCAUUAUGCUGGCAAGGUGCUGUACCAGGUGGAGGGAUUUGUUGACAAAAACAAUGACCUUCUCUACCGAGACCUGUCCCAAGCCAUGUGGAAGGCCGGCCAUGCCCUCAUCAAGUCUUUGUUCCCUGAAGGGAACCCUGCCAAGAUCAACCUGAAAAGGCCGCCAACAGCAGGGUCACAGUUCAAGGCAUCCGUGGCCACGCUAAUGAAAAACCUACAGACCAAGAACCCAAACUAUAUCAGGUGUAUCAAGCCGAAUGAUAAAAAAGCAGCACACAUCUUCAAUGAGAGUCUAGUGUGUCAUCAGAUCAGAUACCUGGGUCUUUUGGAGAAUGUCCGAGUAAGACGGGCAGGCUAUGCCUUCAGGCAGGCCUAUGAACCUUGCCUGGAAAGAUACAAAAUGCUUUGUAAACAAACAUGGCCUCAUUGGAAAGGACCAGCAAGGUCUGGUGUGGAGGUUCUGUUUAAUGAGUUAGAGAUUCCUGAAGAAGAAUAUUCCUUUGGUAGAUCAAAGAUAUUCAUCCGAAACCCAAGAACAUUAUUCAAAUUAGAAGAUCUGAGGAAGCAGCGGCUGGAAGACUUGGCCACUCUCAUUCAGAAGAUUUAUCGAGGCUGGAAAUGCCGCACACACUUCCUGCUAAUGAAGAAAAGUCAAAUUGUGAUUGCUGCCUGGUACAGGAGAUAUGCGCAACAAAAGAGGUAUCAGCAGAUAAAGAGUUCUGCCUUGGUAAUUCAGUCAUAUAUCCGGGGUUGGAAGGCUCGGAAAAUCCUACGGGAACUGAAACAUCAGAAACGCUGUAAGGAGGCAGCCACAACCAUUGCCGCCUACUGGCAUGGGACCCAGGCGCGAAGGGAACUGAGACGGCUGAAGGAGGAGGCUAGGAAUAAACAUGCUAUUGCAGUUAUUUGGGCUUACUGGCUUGGAUCUAAGGCUCGAAGGGAAUUGAAACGCUUGAAGGAGGAGGCUAGGCGUAAGCAUGCGGUUGCUGUCAUUUGGGCUUACUGGCUUGGACUGAAGGUACGUAGAGAAUACAGGAAGUUCUUCAGAGCUAAUGCUGGAAAGAAAAUCUAUGAGUUUACGCUUCAGAGAAUUGUACAAAAAUACUUCUUGGAAAUGAAAACUAAGAUGCCUUCUUUAUCGCCAAUAGACAAGAAUUGGCCAUCCAGACCUUAUCUAUUCUUGGAUUCCACUCACAAGGAACUAAAAAGAAUUUUCCACUUGUGGAGGUGUAAAAAAUACAGGGACCAAUUCACAGACCAGCAGAAACUUAUUUAUGAAGAGAAACUAGAAGCCAGUGAGCUCUUCAAGGAUAAGAAGGCUUUAUACCCAUCUAGUGUUGGGCAACCAUUCCAAGGAGCUUACCUGGAAAUCAACAAGAACCCUAAGUACAAGAAACUCAAAGAUUCCAUUGAAGAAAAGAUCAUCAUUGCUGAAGUUGUGAACAAAAUUAACCGUGCAAAUGGGAAGAGUACAUCCAGAAUUUUCCUCUUAACAAAUAAUAAUCUCCUUCUCGCUGAUCAAAAGUCUGGACAAAUCAAGUCAGAGGUUCCCCUGGUGGAUGUGACCAAGGUAUCGAUGAGCUCACAAAAUGACGGCUUCUUCGCUGUCCACCUCAAGGAGGGCUCAGAAGCAGCUAGUAAAGGAGACUUUCUCUUCAGUAGUGACCACCUGAUUGAAAUGGCCACCAAGCUGUAUCGCACAACUCUCAGCCAAACCAACCAGAAGCUCAAUAUUGAAAUUUCUGAUGAGUUCCUGGUACAGUUCAGGCAGGACAAAGUAUGUGUGAAGUUCAUUCAGGGCAGCCAGAAAAAUGGGAGUGUCCCAACAUGCAAACGAAAAAACAACCGUCUCCUUGAAGUUGCUGUCCCCUAACUGCCGCCUCCUCUCUCCGCUUUCAUGGACUCCUUGUAAUAGUGCAAUUUUGUUUUGUUUUGUUUUGUUUGGGGUUCAUUGUAUGUUUGGGAACUGCCAAAGGCUAACUGUUAGAGUUCCUUGGCAAAAUAAAAGUAUUUGACUAAUCAA